UGUCACAGAUGCGUGUUUCUGUGGGGUUUAUAAUAGGGCUGUGCGGUAUGGACAAAACAAGUCACGUUAACUAUCAAGUAAUUUUUGGCAAAUGUUUUUCUUUGAAUUCAAGAAAUGCAGUUAAGUGUUUAGUAACACAUUUCAAGAGGGAACACAUUUUCUUUGGAUAAAUUAUAGAUGAUACGUUGGUUAUUUGUUAAUUUUUGUUUUUCUUCUCUUUAUUCACCCUUCUGAUUUUGUUUUGUUCUAUUCUCUCACUGGGACGUUUUUGUGCACUGCAUUCUGAUUGGCGAGUUCUCAGCAGUUUGGAAAAGAUGUGCACCAAUCAGAAAGGUUCCUGAAGAUGUUCGCCUUGUUGGCGUCCAGCGCUGUUCUGAUGCAGGGCAAGUGCUGGUGAUGCACUCGCGUGACAACACGCUUAACACAUGCGGAAACACGCUUCACAGUGCCACUGAAAGGGACGAGAGUGCAGUCUUGCCACGGCGACAUCAGCACGCCGUCAGCGUGCAGCAGAACAUCAGGUUCCAGGCUCUUGUUUGACGCUCUGCGGCGUGUCUGAUGAGGAUGUCUGAUACUGUCAGUGUGCAGCAGAGCGGUGAGACGAUGAGAGUUCUAAUUGAGAACAACACGACCGCAGCCGAUGAUGACAUCACCACGCCACAGAGCUGUAGGCAAAACCAACAUGAUGGAGAUGAAAACGACAAUGAUGACAAAAGUGACAUGCAGCGGCAAAUACCCGGACAGAGCACUAAACGGCCAAAGUUAAAGUUAGUUCGGAGUCUGGCCAUAUGUGAAGAACCGUCUCCUUCCACUAUUACCACACAACUGCCUCAAGAUCAGCAGGAUGGAGUUCAGUUUAAAUUCUCCCAGAUGUUUGACACAGAGACGCUUCUUACUACGAAUGAGGAUAAAAGUGCCGACAAACUGGAGAAGAUGCCAUGCAAGAUACUCUCAAGAGACUCCAGUCAAGAGUACACAGACUCCACCGGCAUUGACCUGCAUGAGUUUCUGGUGAACACACUGAAGAACAACCCCAGAGACAGAAUGAUGCUGCUGAAGCUGGAACAGGACAUCCUCGACUUCAUCAGUCACAACGAGAGUCAGAGAAGGAAAUUUCCUCCAAUGACAUCGUAUCACAGAAUGCUUCUGCACAGAGUCGCUGCGUACUUCGGCUUGGAUCACAACAUCGACCAGACGGGGAAAUGUGUCGUCAUCAACAAAACCAGCAAUACAAGAAUACCAGAUCAGAAGUUCUCUGAACACAUCAAAGACAACAAAACAGAUGAAUUUCAGAAGCGCUACAUCUUAAAAAGGGACAACUCCAGCACAGACAAAGACGACAGCAUUAUGCGAAUGAAACUAAAAGACGACAGGAGAAGCAGGUCAAUCGAGGAGCGGGAGGAGGACUAUCAGAGAGCACGAGAGAGAAUCUUCGCUGAUGGUUUAGAUGCAUUCCAGCUUGAUACAAGGAUUCAGGAGGACGAGGUGUGUAACAACAUUCAGCAGAGACGACAGAUCUUCAGGUUGCAGGACAGUCGAUCAGGGAGCAGCCGUCAGAGCAGCUCAGAGAACGAGGGCAAGUGUUCAGAGCCGCGGCCGUGGAGCAGCACAGAUUCUGACAGCUCCAGCCGGAUCCUGAAGCCUGCCAUGACCAAAGCCAGCAGCUUCAGUGGGAUCCCAGUACUGAUGCGAGGAGACAGUUCCAGCAGCUGUAUGAGUGUGGGACGCCUCUCAAAGACAGGUUCUGACUGUAGUAGUGUAGGUUCCUCUACGGGUUCACUGUGUCGACCGCCCGCGCCGGUUCUAACCCCUCUGAGCUAUCCUGCUGUCAGCACUAGCAGCGGUGUUUCCUACGAGCCGCCAGUACCCGCGGCAAACACUAGCUACUAUCUGCUUCCUCUGGAAGCGGCAGGGAUUCCUCCGGGCAGCGUCUUGCUCAACCCGCAUACAGGUCAGCCGUUGGUAAACCCUGAUGGCAGUGCUGUAUUGUAUAACCCCGUGACCCCGCUGGGCUCGAGUACACAACCCUCUUUACCACCACCUCCACCUGUUCAUCACCAGACAGCCAAUCACAUCAUAGCACAGCCGCAGGAUAAUCUAAGUGGUCAGUUCAGUCACAUGACUUUGGUGCGGCAGCCCUCGGGGGAUGCUCGUGAUGCUCACACUGUUGUUUACCCCUCACCUGUGACGCUCCCUGCACCACUGCCACCGCAGCAGGCUGGGUACAUGGUGCCCUUGCCCGGACAGACCGUGCCCACCUCUGCAUUUCCUGCGCAGCCUACAGCCACAGUCAACCAGCCUGUCAUGCAGCCGCAGCAGAGCUUCAUGCAGCCGCAGAUGGCAGUGUGUUAUUGUUCACCUGGUCAGUACUCUGUGUGUGGGCAUCAGUAUCGGCCGGCGGGCAGUGUUCAGUACAGCAAUGCUCCGAGUCAAACGAUGCCCCCUCCACCACACACACCUGCCCAGCAGACAGGAUAUCAAACUGUGAUGUCAAAUCAACAGCAGAGUUAUCAGAACGUCCUCCAGCAGCCUCUGAUCAACAGUCCACACAGCAGUAUGAGUGUGAUGCUGCAGUACCCGUCAGUGCCCUCGUAUCAGGUUUCGAUGCCUCAUGCAGUACAGCAGCCUGUUAUCAGCCCUGCGCAGGUGCCUGCGUCCAGCAUACAGGUGUACUACAGUAUUAUACCACCCAACCAACACAACAACAUCAGCUCAUCGGUGGGGUUUUUACCCCCUCACGGGGCAGAACAGAUGCCGUUCCCCAGAACAUCACCCCCCUGCAGCUCGCAACAGAUUCCUGCUCAGCAUUGCUCGGGCGUGCCGCCGCCUCCUGUUGGUGGUAUGGUGAUGAUGCAGCUGGCGUUACCUGCAGCGCAGCAGUGGAAACACAACAAACACUACAGCUCAGAACACACACACACAAACACGACACAACUGAGCAACCCGUCCACCUCAACGGCCCAUUCACCCACACCACCCCACCUGACCGCUGUAAAGAACAGCCGCACCCCCCACACACUUCCCAUCAUGCCUCAGUUCUCCAGAUCAUUGGUCUCUGGACAGGGUGACGUGCGGUAUCCUCUGUUGGGUCAGACGCUGCAGUACAGCGCUCAUAUGCCACUGCACACACUGUCCAGUCAUCAGUCUCGUGUAGAGUUCUGUGGGAAUACGACACGCCGGUCGAGGCAGAAGACCGCAGAGGACAGAUCAGUCAUGAAUCAUUUCUGUGUGUUGAUCGCGGGCAUUGGUCAUGUGGGUGCGUCGUCUCUGCUGUCCGAUGUGUGUGCGGUCGGAGCUUCAGUCACGAGUCCCACGACCGAUGAGACAGAUAUCGCGACCUCUGACAUCAUCCUGCUCUCAUUCCCCUCCACACACGCACCACAGAAUGGCCUCCUGACCCACAGCUGACUUCUGACCCCAUUCACAGUGACCCGCCUGCCGUCUCUGCUGUCCAGACACAUGGGGGCGCUCUUCACCCAGUCACAUGACCUUGAAUGCGUUUAAAGAGACAAACACAGCUCCGCUCUUAUUGGACAAUUGACUGGAACAUAUCAGCAGCAGCCGGAACUGUGUUUUUCUCUAUUGUUUUUGUUGUUGUUGUUGGUUUAGUUUUUUAUUUGAAAUAUCUGCUGUUCGUUUGCCAUCAGCAAUUGAGAUUCAAUUUUGUUUACGUUUGUUUUCCGUCACUUCCUCGCCAGUCAUCGAUUCACGGGUGUCAUGAUGUGUAUUUAGUCAUAUGAACCAACAUGACAAACACAGACUCCUUUAUUUGUAAAUAAUUUAUAAAGUAGCAGUAAAAUUCACUUGAUUUCUCUGUGUGUGAAUAGACACAUGUAAGAGCGACAGCUUUUGUGUUUUGUUGAUUUCCCUUGUUUUUAAUUUAAGACGUUUCAGAAAAUAACAGCGCACCUCAUCAGAUCCUCCCGUGACACAUUUUAAUAACUUUAACGAUUGUGUUUUUGUCUCCACACGUCAUGUCAAUUCUUUGAUUUCUGAGUCUUUUACUAUUCUAUUCUUACUAGGGAAAAUAAAAAGACAAAAAGAAACACAGUUUGCACAUUUAUACAAUUCAAUAUAUAUAUAUAAAUCUUUUUUUUUUUUUUUUUAAGAAUAUGUGUGGAGUCUGAAAAACUGUUCAAUGUUUAAUGGUGCAUUUUCAUUUCAG